AUAAACCUUUUUCUAAUUUCUCUUCACAGAGGCAGCUGUGGGAAAAUAGAGAAAAUAUUACUCGGCGGCCACUGCACCCAACCUGACCUUUCCUCAUCCUUUCCCCGCCAAUCCUUCUCUUCCCGCCGUACACGGCGGCGAUCUGAAGCGGCCGCCACCUUGCUCUCUCCGCAGCACAAGCGUCUCCGAUUUUCAUCUCGCAUCUCGGUGCUUAGUAAUUGGCUGUCGGCUGCCUGGAUAUUGAGUGUGAUUUGUUGAGAAACAUAGCGAGGGGGGUGGUGGAGGUGGACGAGGUGUGUGGACUACAAUGAGAUUGUUAAGGUCUAGCUCAAGUUCAUCAAAGGAGCAGAUAAAUGGAGAGAAAAAUCGUUCGUUGUUGUAUCUUAAUGUAUAUGAUCUCACACCUGUAAACAACUAUCUCUACUGGGCCGGCCUCGGAGUGUUUCAUUCUGGUAUAGAAGUACAUGGUCUAGAGUAUGGGUAUGGAGCCCACGAGUACCCAUCUAGUGGGAUUUUUGAGGUGGAGCCACGUAGUUGUCCGGGUUUCACUUUUAGACGGUCAGUGCUCCUGGGCAGCACAGACAUGUCUCGUUCAGAAGUUCGGUCAUAUAUGGAACAUAUUUCAGGAAAAUAUCAUGGGGAUAGUUAUCAUUUGAUUGCCAAAAACUGCAACCAUUUUGCUGAUGAAGUCUGCUCGCAUCUCACGGGAAAGCCAAUUCCUGGAUGGGUGAAUCGACUGGCACGAGUAGGCUCAUUCUGCAAUUGCAUUUUACCAGAAAGUAUUCAGGUUACAAGAAUCAGACAUCUUCCUGAUCAUCAAGCCCUUUCAGAAGACGGGACAGAUUCUGAUGCGUCAUCUGUAUCGGUAGAUAGCGAGGGGGAAGACUCUGAUCAUCAGUUGUUAACUGUACAAAAUAGUGAUAUGGCAUUUCUGAAUGAAAAACCAGUCAGACUAGCAAAAGAGCUUCUUUGAUUGAAACAUCUUUCUUCUUCUUCUUCUCCUUUUCUCCCUUCCCUCCAAUUAAUCCAGUCUACUGUUUGGGAUCCUUUGAAUUAUAAUUGUGUGUUGUGUGUGCGCGCGCCCUCUCAAGUGUAUCUAUUUAUCCGUCCUUUAAACACAUUGUAAUGUUCAAAUAUUCGUUAAGACGUGUAUUCAUGUAGCGUAUUUACAUAGAACAAUCAACUUCUGGUGUUACUAGGAUUCAAUGGAAUUGCUUUUUCCUCCGA